AUGUCCUUUUUUAUACAGACAUCUAUUUCAUCUUCGACAACGGCGACGACCACGGCAGCCCCUAAGCCCGUGAUUGCUGACAUCAACGUCAUCAACGUGCACGAAGACCAGAUGCUCCAGGAGGCGCUGGCCACCAUCGUCUGCAAAGACACGACGGCUCCGGACGGCAAGUGCCCGGAGUGUAACGUCAUUAACUGGAGACCUCGUAAAGGCACCAACACGUUUGACGUCUGGAGGAAGUCGACAUCCACGGAGUUUCAACUGUAUUAUGUGGCUGGAGUAGCGGGCCGGGUUCUCGAUUACGAAGUUAUCCGAUCGUACUUCGUGGAUGUCCGGUGUCGUGCGUGGGACAAAGUUACAUCAGUCACGAAGACGGUUGAAAUUGACGUACACCCCAAUGAACCUCCCGCCAUUACAGACUGGCCUCUAAAGGACAUCACGAUUGACGUCCAGAACCCGAAGUUCCCUAUCGGAAUAGACCGGGUCUACAAGGUGGUGGCCACCGACCCCGAGAAGGAUCCGCUCACCUACACCAUGUACACCGACGUGGACAACGUCGACUUCUUCACCAUAACAACUGACGGCGACAUUCUGGUAACGAAGGACCUGAAGACGUCAACAGUGGAAAACAUUCCACUCAAAGUGAACAUCAGCGACGGCAGGAGCACGGUCGGGCCAUUCACCGUCAACGUCAGACUGAUCAACGUGAACAAGCGACCGCAGAUAACGAAUUUGCCGAAAACGGUGACGCUGUUUGAGAACGCGAAAAAGGGGACCCUGAUUUCAUCUCUGUCCAUCGUCGACGACCACAACGUCAUCACGUUCCCAAACACCAAGCCGUGCACCGCCAUACCGAAAUCAGAGGACUUCAAGUUUGAGUACAAUCCAGGAAUCAACACGAUAACACUCGCGGGAACCCUUGACGCCGAGACGACCAACUACUACAACAUCUCCUGCGUCGUCAACGACGGCUACCUCGACUCCGUGGGCGAGUACAUCGAACUUCACGUUCUCAACGUCAACGAACCUCCGCAGUUCAACGAACCAGUCUAUUCAUGCAGCAUGUACGAAUCAAAGCCAUACGUCUCUGGAUGUGACCUGGGCAUGAUUCUAAAGGACCCCGAGAACGACCCGAUCGUCAACGUGUAUCUGAGUAGUACGAACUUACCCGGCUCUUACAACAACAACAACGGAGUCGGGUAUCAGAACAAACUACUGCCGCUAAACAGAGACUGGUUUUGGUUCGACGAGAAGACCAGGAGGCUUCACUUCGCCGUCGACUACGACAUCGACAACAGCAACUACCCCACGUCCGGCCUGCUGACGAUCGAAGCCGUCGACGACAAGGGCGCUACGGGAACAUCGCAGAUUCAGGUCAACAUAGCAGAUGUGAACGAUAACGCACCGAGGUGCGACACGCUUGGCCUUGGGACACAGCUCGGCAACAACUACAUGUACGAGGUCGUGCAGGGGGACAAGACAGGCCACCUCGGUACCGUCAGCGCCAGCGACGACGACCGCACAGCGCCCAACAACGAAAUAACUUUAACUGCCAUUGGCCAGUCUUCGAAACACGUCACGGCCUACGACAGCGGCGCCAUUAUCUAUGCGAACACGUUUGACGAUGACCCCGACGUGAACCACAAAACCAGUCAGUUCGUGUACAUCGAGGCCAGGGACAACGGAGCGCCCGUGCUUUCUUCAACGUGUAAGACAUAA